AUGGGAACUAAUGAUGAUAUACCAACAUUAGUUGUUCUUGUAUUGGGCGAUUCUAGUGUAGGUAAGACAUCAUUUGUGCAUAUGGUAUGUCAUGAUCAGCCAUUAUCAUCACCACCACCUGUCACUGUUGGUUGUCAUAUUGAGAUCAAGUUGUAUGAACGACGAGAUCGACAUCAAAAUCCAAAUCUUUAUUUUAUUGAAUUUCAUGAUGUUGGCGGAAGUAUACAACAUAAAAAUAGCCGAUCAUCGAUGUUUUAUGAUGAAUUCAAUGGAAUUAUACUUGUGUCGGAUUUAACUAGUAAACAAUCAUAUGAUAAUCUCAAAGAAUGGCUCUAUGAAGUAAUACGUUAUCGAUCUCGACAAAAACUUCCAACGGAAUUUUCACCUGAUGUUUUACAAAAUUUUGAUGUACCAAUUCUAUUAAUUCAUACAAAAUUCGAUGAAUCCAAUGGAGUAUCUUUAUUAAAUAAUAGUAAAUCGACAAAUUUCAAUAGUAAUCAUUCACUUUCAUCAACUAGUUUAUUACCGAAUUAUAAUAGAAGAUCUUCAUUAGCGAAUUUAUUUAAUUGUGAUGAAAUAUUUCUUAAUUGUUAUUCAAAUAAACGUUUUUCAGUUGAUACACAUAAUGUAGCAAAAUUAAAUGCUUUUUUCGAAAAAAUGAUUAAAAAAGCGUCAGUAGAACCAAUUGAGCAGAUUCAACAAUUUGAUUGGUUUGCUUCAGAGAAUCAUUAUAUUCAUUAA